AUGUUCCUUAUGAAUGCUUCUCCUCUGGUAGCUCUUCAGACAAAAUGGGAGUCCUUUGGACCAGCAAGGAGUUGUAGAUACCCCGUGUGCUUCUCUGAAUCCGAAGAGGACAUCGCUAGGACCUCUGUCAGCGCCAAAGUUCAGAUGAUUAUAAACAACCUGCAAAGCCAAGAGUCUCCCCUGGGUAUGAACAAUGAGUAUGAUUGUAUUAUGCAGAAGAAACCAAAGGGAGAGAAGGGCACUGGUAACACAGUCGCAUCUGGCACCACGUUGCUACAGAAGCAUCCUCAAUAUACCAAGUGUGGGUGCCCAGCUGAGUCAGACACUGGAGUGGGACAGAACGUGGGGUUUGGGCCUAUCUUGCUCGAUUCUGACAGCGACGAUUCUGUCGAUCGAGGUAUAGAGGAAGCCAUCCAAGAGUACCUGAAAGCAAAAAGCAAAAGUGACCAGUCCUUGCAAAGGAAUGCAGAGUGUUCUGAAAAUGUAAGCCGAGAGAAAAGGUUUAAGAGAGAAUUCUCCCGGAGCAAAAUGGCUGGUAACCUCCUCCCUGUGAAAUUUCAGGCCGAGAUGCUCUCUGAAGAGUACCUGUCUGACCACCUGGGCAUUGGCAAAAGGCUGCAGCCUGCUUCCCCCCAGAGCAUCAGCAGUGAUGACUCUUUUGAACAGAGCAUCCAAGCUGAAAUAGUGCAGUUCCUGAAUGAGAAGAAGCAGCAGGAAAUCAGUAAGUGUGUGAUUGAGGAGGAGAAGAAAGAUUCUCACGUUCCGUCUCUCCUAAAAUGCAACAAAGAAACAGCAAACAAACCCAACUGUGGUGCUGUAAAGGAAGGUUGUGACGCACUCCUCUUGAGACACCACCCCAAGCUGCAGAAGAGCAGCACGCAGGCCAAGUGUUUGCAGCCUAAAAUCCAGGAAGAGCCUCGUGAUAUCAGCCAGGUGAACCGAGCGUAUCUAGAAGUGGCCACUGCCAGCCAGCCCUGGCUGGUGGAGCAAAACGAAGAAGCUGAUGCCUGGGAGACCAGGGGAGGACUUCCCAAGGACAGCAUGCUGACGUCUGACUCGAGCAGUGACGAUGGCAUUGAAGAAGCCAUUCAGCUUUAUCAGCUGGAGAAGAUCAGGAAGGAGGCGGGUCAUGCAACAGGCUGUGUCCCUCUGCAGAGGGACCGCCUUGAUGGGAAGGGGGUGGCAGAUAUGGCUGCAAGCCUGACAGUUAGCUCAACAAGUGCCUCGCCAGAAAUCCAUAAAAGCCCUCUCAGCAACAAGAGAAAAGAAACUAAUUCAAAGCCAGCAGGGUUAGAGAGCACCAGCGAUGAAUUUAAGAAGCUGUUUAAACCACUGAAAAAAGCCAGACAUUUUGCACCUCCAGAAAACAAGCUUGCUGCUUGUGAGCUCACGUUGCAGGCCUCAUGCAGAGCAGACACAUCUGCAGAACUCAUGUGUGCCGAAGCUAUCCUUGAUAUUUCCAAAACAAUCAUGCCAUCCCAAAUGGGGAGUGACAGCAAAUCCCUCGCUGCAGACUCCUUCUUUUCUCCCCAGCUUCUCUCCUCCUCUCGUUGUGAAAGCGACAGCAGCCUCGUGGACAGUGAUGAUAGCAUAGAGCAGGAAAUCAGGGCUUUUUUGGCUCUGAAAGCACAGUCAGAAGGCCUUGGAACAAAGCCUCCCAGCCUGUCACACUCAAUCCAGAUGCCUUCGGAUCAGAACAGCCUCACGGAUACCCUUGAGCCUUCUCUUCCAAAAACACUGAAGCUGUCACUGACUCGUAAAAGGAGACUUAAAAGGGAAGGUGGAAUAGUGAAACAAGGUGCAUCAAAGCCACCUGAACAGCUGGAGACGGGACUUUUCCAGGCAGGUAACUACUCAAAAGUUCCUGUGCUCCAGGAGGAGCGUGCCCUGAGCAGCCCAGCAGCACUCUGUGAUGCUCAGGGGCUCAGGAACAAAGAGCCUGGGCAGCAGCAGCAGCAGCUGGCACCUUCCAGACUGCCUGGAUCUGAUGGCACGUGUGCAGCCUUGGACUCUGGAAACCCCUUUGUGCAGGUUCGGAGCAGUGUAAAAAAUAUUACAAAAAAUGCCAUCCCAGCUGGAGAGGGGGAUGGUUCAGCUGAUGAGAGCAGUUCUCUGGAUAGUGAUGAGGACCUUGAUAGUGCUAUCAAGGACCUUUUAAGGUCUAAAAGGAAAUUAAAGAGGAAGCCCAAGGACCAGAAAUCUCACUGCAAGAAGAGAGCCAGAUUUAUCCAGACGGCAACUCAGCUGGUGGAUGAAUUUAGCAGCCUCCAACAAAAUGAGUGGAAAGGUAAAAAUCCCAUGCUGCUGAAAAGCAGCCUCUCCAAACCUAGAAAACCCAUCAAAGAGAAUGCAAGCAGAAAUCCCUCAGACACCCUCAAUGUCAAACUUACCCAUGAAAAACCAGAAACUGUGAAGAGCUUAGAGUUUAACUUGCAGCUUAAAAAAGGAUACAAACCUAAACCAGCUUCAAACCAGCACAACCUGCAGGUAGCUAAAGCCAGAAAAAGUACUUUCCCAGCAGCAUCAGAUGCUGAUGACAGCAGUUCCGUGGACAGUGAUGACAGCAUUGAACAAGAAAUCAGGAAGUUUUUGGCAGAAAAGGCUAAAGAGUCUGGAAGCAAUUCGGAGACACAAAAAGAUGAUGCAACUCUGGACCUGUUGAGAGGGACCAAACAAACUGCUAAUAAAGGAAAAGCAAAGCAACAGCCAGUUGAAAAUGAGCUUGACCUCACGCUGGGUCAGAGUAAGAGGAGUGAGGUAUCUCAGCAACCUGAGGAGCUGAAGAACUCUGAGAAAACGGGAGGGAGAAGUGCAAUGUUACAUGGCAGGAGGAAAUCUGCUUCCUCUGCAGAGAAUGUUAGUCUUCAUACUACUGGUCAGUCAAAAGCUAAGCAAGGAGUGGUGGGGGUUAAAGGUGUGGCUGGUGGUGAGUUACCUGGAAACCCCACGGGUAAAAGGGGUGUUCCUAACACAGAGCCCGUGCAGAAAACACUUCCACCUAAAGCCAGCAAACACGAAGGCUGUAAAGGACAAAAAGUAAUAAAUGUGAAGUCUAGAGCUAAAAGAAAGAAUACCUUUCACCUCAAAAUUUCCAGUAAAUUUAUUGCAGGUCUAAAAUACGCCCGGGACAGGAAGAAGUCCAUGCUUCUGAGCAAGAGGCAGAAAGCAGAGCACUUGCUGGCCCAGAGCAGGACGUUGGGAGCAGAGGGGGUGUCCCAGGGUACAGACGUGCUUCACCAGGGACAAGGAGCCCCCUCACCAAAAGGUGAAUUUAGUGGGGAGAGUGUGACAGCAAUCAAAGAAUCCAGCUCCUCCCAGGAGCUCACUGUGGAGGGGUCGAGUCCCCGUGUAGCAGGAGGCUGUGACAGGCUGGAGGGCCCCCCGUGGUGUGCCAGGGAGGCAGCAGAGGGUUCCAGGAGUGCUUCUGGAGACCAGUCAGACUCACAGCUGAGUCUCCCCUUGCAGGAGCAGAGUGUGGCAGCACUAAAUGUAGAUAAGGUUUGCAGAGGAACAUCCCAAGCUGAGAACACACAGAUGUGCAGCGAGGAAGAUCUCCCCAGAGAGAGAGGGGCCAACCCAAACGUAGAUCCCCCACGCCCUGAACGUGGCAGGGCAGUGGUGGGGGCAGAUAAAGUCAGCAGAGACACAUCCCCACAGAGUACACACGUGUGCAGAAGGGGAGAGGGCAGCCAGGAUGGGAGCCCAGAGCCCAGGUUAGGUUGCCUGGUGGAUAAAAGUAGUGGAGGAGCCUGUACAGAUAAUAUACAGAUGUGCAUUAAGAAGGAAAACGUUCUGUGCCAGAACAGUGACAGGCAGGAAGAAAUUCAGGCAUCCAGCCCUACUUUGGAAAGAGAAUUACCUGUCCUGCAGAGUAGGGAGACUGCUUGUGGAGUGGACAGAGGGCAGGAAGUUUUAGACAAAUCCUGUGCAAAACAUACUGAGGUACCUGCAGGGGACUGCCCAGAUUCCCUCUUGAAAAGAAACGUUUCAAAUCUGAGAAGAAAGGGAAGGAAUAAGAAGCUCAAGGUAUUGGCUAGAGUCUAG